AUGUCACGCACUACCUCGCAAACUUCCACUGUCUCUGGAACUACCACGAAUGGGCCCGCUCGCAGCUUGUCCCUCAAAACAAACAUCAAGCCCGCCCUUAGCAACCUGCUGCAGUCCUCAGACAUCAAGCUCUUCGUGACCAACCUGCGCCUGCUUGACCUGGAUCGACGAUCAGACUGGCCAAAAAUCACGGUGCAGACCUUCUCGACGAAGAAAGCAGACCAGCGGCAGCGCAUCCACGCCGUCGAAUGGGCCCUCUUCCGCCUGUUUGAGAUAUGGGACCCUGUAGAGACGAGUCAGAAGCUCCAACCCUUCUUUCCGCCCCUCGAACCGCUCCAAUCCCGCAAUUUACGCAUCGCUCUGCACCGCUCAUUGGAGGCUCUGAAGAAAGAUGGCCUCUUCGGUAGAGAAGCUGUUCUUCGGAAGACAAUGUUGGACGAAUGCAAAGGCGAUCGAUUCUACGAUAUCCUGGCUUCGUUCUCCGCCAUUAUCUUGAAGAAGGUAGUAGCUACCCAGCCGAAACGUGGUCCCAAGCCGGCCGUCGCGCGCUCGCUGGCCACCUCGGCUACGCUUUCGAACGAGGGUCAAAAUUCCUUGCUCCCUAUGGCUAUUGCACAUAGAGCUGCGCUUACGAGAAUAUUGCAACAAAAGGAGGAGAGGCGUAGUAGAUUCACCGAAUUCGGGGUUUUGUUGGAUAAGAAGGCGGACGAGAUCAACCGUCGUAUUCGGAAAACCGCGGAGACCCCCCGAGCUAGCAAGUCCGCUAUUUCUCAGAAAGAGGCGGAGGCGAUAAAAAAGCAAUUGAAGGAUAACUGGAUCGGCAACCGGAAAUGGGUGGAUGUGAUGUUGCAUGGGGACGAUGUUCAGGGUGACGCCGUUUACCUAAACAGCUCGUUCCAGAAGGUGUGGCACAUUGUCGAGCAGGGUGGCAGGCUUGAGGAUGCUGUGCCAGAGGUCGGUCUGUUGGAGGACCUACAGCUGAGGGUCGACGAGCAGAAGAUAAGACUGCAGGAAUGGAGGAACUUUCACAAGAAGAUGCAAGGAGGGGGUGCACAGACUGAUCAGCCGCCAAAGAACGCUACAACUGCUUUGAAAGAUUUCAAGUUCGAUGACCAUGUACAGCUCCAGCUACGGCCAAAGGCAAACGAGAGCGAGCCCAUCCAACCACCGAAGCUUCGGCCAAUAUAUCAAGACAUCAUAAGUGAGAUGAAUGACGAUUUAUGUGAAGCAUCUUCAGCGAGGUACAACCAGUUUUCUACAACGGCACGAACACGGACCGAGCAUGCUGCUCACUCGCCAGUGCCACGCCCGGAAUCACGGGCAGACCCAAUACCUAAGAAGACAAGCUCUCCAAACAAUCUCGAAAGGACUCAGUCGGUCAAGACUACGUCAGAAAUUAUCAAGCCUAGAAAGUUUUCAAGCUUCAGACAGCGGAGUGCCGCACCUCCGAUUGACUCUGAAGCGACCCUGAUAGGCCAGGCGUCUACGCUUCCUACCUCUCCGCCUUGGUCUCCUGCCGAAUCGCCUACUGUGCAACCCCUCAGUAGGAAACCCGACGACAGCGUCUCUGACCCUCUUGCAGAUGAUCAAUCGCCCAUGACGGUACCACUAGAUGAACCACGCUCGCCUUCUUCAUCCCCACCUCCUCCAAGCUCUUGCUUCCCUUCCGAGCCGCUCUUCCUCGGCCCUCUAGCAGCCAGUACCGAGGAAGUCAUCGCUGCGCACAUCGUCUCCACCAUUGGCGACGCUACCCCUUCGCCAGGCAAGAAAUCUCAGCCGCGCCUAUCCCUUAUGGAACGCACACGCAUGUCCAUGGUCCGCACUACCAGCUUCGAGCCCAUCAGCGAGUCACCCUCUCUGCCCCUUCCAGAGCCCGCCACCGUACAAGACAAGCACGCCGCUCUAAUGGAGCGCACACGCCUCAGCAUGGCAGCCAUGUCGUCUAAGCCGCGCGCCUCGCUAGCAUCUAAAGAACGCAAGCCAAAGAGACCAUCUCAGGUUUUCCCAAUCAAUCAGUUCGACACACCGCGCGCCCGUAGAUCAGAUUUUCUCACUGUGGAGGAGGAGACCGAGAAGACACCGAAAGAGAGCUUAUUCAGUGACGAGGUGGACUACGCUAGUGUGUUCAAGAGUCGCCCAAGGAUAGCGACUAGUCCUGUCUUUGGCAUGCUGGUUGAUGAGCAAAAUGACGAGGACUUCGAUGAGGGUGUCACGGGCGUUGAUCUUGCAGAUGUGGACAUUGACAAGGAUGAAGACGAGGGGGCCUACGACCAGGAUAGUCCGCUGAGAAGGAGAGCACAUCGAUAG